AUGUGCCCAUCCACCGCCAAAGCAGGGGAGGAAGGCGCGCGUGACGACCCCGAGUUCGGGCGAAUCUACACCGGUCAAUCGACCGGCGGCAGAUGCGCCGGCGCUGGCGCCGGCUGCGAUGGAGGGAGGAUCCGGCCCGGGGGAGGCCAUGGACAUGGCCUAAAGUUCAUGCCCCCGGUACGGAUCUUCCAAGCCAAACUCAACCACUCGGCCAGGGCGCAGGACUUAUUUGUCCACUGCCUGGCCGAGUUAGGUGUGGGAUUGGCGGUCGCCGCGGAGCCAUACCGCGUCGUCGACCACCCGAACUGUGUGGCCGACGCGUUGGGCUCCGUGGUGAUAUUGGGCGGCGACACCGCGGCCCUCCGCGUGUUCACCCGCGGCGACGGGUUCGUCGGGGCGGAGUGCGGCGGCCUGGCCCUGAUCGGGGUCUACGCCGCUCCGAGUGCCCCCCUCGCGGCGUUCGAGUGGCUGCUGGACGGGGUCCGGGACGCAUUGUCCCGCUCUCCAGUAGCCCGAACGCUCGUGCUGGGCGACUUCAACGCCAAGUCCACGUCGUGGGGUGGCCCAGCAACGGACGCGUGGGGUCGGGCGAGCGCGGAUCUCCGGCUGCUUAACCGGGGGUCAGUGAGCACGUGCGUGCGGUGGCAGGGCGAGUCGAUCGUCGACUUGUCGUGGGCGACGCCUGCCGCCGCGCGUCUCGUGUCGGGAUGGAGGGUAGCGGAGGAGGUGGAGUCCCUCAGUGACCACCUCUACAUCCUUAUGGAUGUCUCCGCUGCCCCUCAGUACCAUCCCGCUCGCAGACCCGCGCCGGGCCGACCGCCGCGCAGAUGGGCGCUGAAGCGCUUGGAGAAGGACACCCUGAUGCCGGCCACCCACGCCGCGUCCUGGCCGGAUGCCCCGGCUGGACCGGUCGCGGACGUCGAUCGGGAAGCUGACUGGUUUCGGGAGUCAUUGAUGGCGGCGUUCGACGCCGCCAUUCCCCGAGCCAGGAGGCUCCCGAGGCGGGCCGCUUACUGGUGGAGCGACGAGAUUGGCUGGCGAUUAGUCUCGACAUCGCCAACGCAUUCAACACCCUGCCUUGGGGCACGAUCCGGGAGGCGCUCCGAGAACACGGAGUGCCUCCAUAUCUACGGGUCGUGUUAG